AUGGAAGUUUUGCUGCGGCUAUCGCAGCCAACGGCUACUCCGCUUGCGCGCCCAUCGCCGCCAUUGUUGCUGUUUCACGCUUCUAAGAAGAAAAUCAAUAAUACUACUUUCAACGCCAAGCUCGAGACAAAAGACGAAGAUGACCGUUAUUACAGUGAGGCUACGAAGAGCGCUUGUCUUCGUUACCAGGAGACCCUUCGACCAGAUCCUAUGUUCACGGACCCAUAUAUCAGAUGCCUUUUGCCGCCCAUAAUUGAAACUGAUCGACCUCAGGUUCUGAACAAACAUUGCUUAGCAACCAAGUUUAUUGAUGAUAAAUUGGUCGGGACAAUGCAGAAAAUCGAUGCUUUCAGGCAGGUUGUUUUGUUGACUGAUGGCAUGGACACACGGCCUUACAGACUUAACUGGCCUUUAUCAACCGUAUUGUUUGAUGUGUCUCCUGAUAGAUUUUAUAAAACGUCUACCAAGCAGCUUGAAGAUGUUGGUGCUAAAAUUCCAAGAGGCUGUUUGUUCUUUCAUGUUCCAUCUGAAACCCCUAAUAUCCAGCAAGCCUUAUGCAUUAAAGGAUUUAACGGCGCCAGACCUAGCCUUUGGGUACUCCAGGGACUUCCGGUUUCAAGUUUGGACAGUUUUAAAGAUAUUUUGGGUGUUGUAAGCAAUUUGGCCAUGAAGGGGAGUAUUUUACUCGGAGAAUUGGCUGAUGAUUGGCUGAUUGAAAUUGAAACUGGCAUCAAGUCCACAAUAAUGGAAUUUAUGGACAAGCUUUUCAUGAGCCAUGGCUUCAAGGUUGAGAUGAUUGGAUAUGAUGAAGUUGCUGUAAAUAUCGGGAAAGAAUCAGUGACUGAUGACCGCGAAAAUAUACUUUUCGUGGCCGAGCAGCUGCAGUUUUCUGAUGAUCAGAUGGAACUAUGGAGGAGAGAAUUCCAGAGGUUAGAAGAAGAUGGUGAUGAAGAAGGCUUUGAGGAGCUCUGA